AUGCGUCUCCCCUACGUCCCAAACCCCCCACCAACAGAAACAGAAGACGAAGCCCGCAUCCUAGCAAGCGUACAAGCCCGCCGAGCUCCAAACCCCCUCCUCCCGCUAGACCUAGCCCUCCUCCACUCCUACCCGGUAACAGAAGGGUGGAACUCCUUCAUCGGCGCAAUCCGCACCCGAACAAGUCUCUCAACCGUGAUCCGCGAACUAGCAAUCUGCCGUGUCGCAGUAGUCAACGGCGCAUUAUUCGAAUGGGAACAACAUGCGCCGCUACUGCAGCAGGGCGGGCUGAGCGAGGAGGCAUUGAAUAUCGUUGGGGAUGCGCAAGCUGAUUUCAAGGAUGGGAAUUCGGUUUCAAAUAUGAAUGCUGAACAGAGGGCGGUCUUGAGGUAUACCGAUGCAAUGACUAAGACUGUUGCUGUGCCUGAUGAUGUUUUUGAAGAGCUUAGAGCUUGUUUUGAUGAGAAAGAGGUUGUAGAGAUUACGGCUACUGUUGCUGCUUAUAAUUGUGUCAGUCGGUUUUUGGUCGCUCUUGAUGUUGGGGAGAAAAAUCAUUGA